AUGGCAACUGUGGAAAUCCGUGCGCUUUGCUCUAAUCUUACAUCGAGUCUGAGCACGUCAUGCACCCAGGGAAAAAGUUACACCAACUGCACUGUAUCACUGAACAGCGGUGUCGCAUUAUGGUAUUUGACCAGCGGUGCCUCUGCCAGGCCUAUGGUUAUUAAUGUACUAUCGGGAAGCUCUAAGACUUUCUAUAAGAAUAGCAGUUUCCCUGUAAUACAGUACAUUUUGGCAAAAGGGUCAAAUGACAACCCAUCCGCGGGUGGCGGAAUCUCUACCGAGAUUGGGAACAAUACUCAGUUUGUCGCCACAGAGUGUGUCCUUCAAACAGGGGUUCGAAGCUUUCAAUCGACCGUUAUCAUGGGGGAUUAUCAAGAAACACAGCUUGCAGAGUGGCCGGUGCUGAAUAACACGGUUGAGGAUCUCGGCUAUGCAUAUUCUUUCACACCUCCAUGGAAUGAGAGCCUGGGGGCAAAAGAAAAUCAAACUUUCGGCCUAGGCUUUGAAGCAUGGGACUCAAUCUCUGUUUUCCUCGAGUUUCUUUUCGCCGGCUAUGUCUCUGCAUUCUCGGAUAAUUUCAAUUUCCAGCCAUCGCAAUCGGGGGGUGCAUACGCUACGGCUGAUGCCUUGGAGGCCGUCUUCUAUGGCAAUUUUUCAGGAACCAAUUGCCAAGAUACCGACCAAUUGUCUUGCGCCAUAAAGAAUGUUGCUGCUGCUAUGUCCAAAACUAUAAGGGACUCCGCAUUUACUUACAGUACCAGUUAUCAACCAAUUAAUUUCACCGAGGCAAACACGACUACUGGAAAAACUCAAAUCUCGGUCUCGUUUGUGGAUGUUCACUGGGAGUGGCUCGCUCUUCCGGUUAUUGUCUGGGUCCUAGGAGCACUAUCUUGUGUUUGUACCGCAUGGACGACCCGACAGGCUCAAAUACAAACCUGGAUGAAUAGCGUUCUGCCUUUCAUCUUCCUUCAUCUCGAUGGCGACAACAUCGUCGAUUUUCAGGGCAGUGGUAAUGAAAGUAGUGAACCACAGAUCAUGGGAGAGCAAAGAAGGAAUGAAAGUGAUUCGAAGGGUUAUAGUUUGGUUGGGCGUGACGAUUCUUUAGAAGCAUGUCUUCGAAUGGCAAAAAAGACACAGGCAAGGCUUCAACCUGGACCAUAG